UGCAUGAGCCAAAGUCGUGUUUGUAUGUUGAUAAAAGUUGGCUGAUUAGCGUAUCGGCGCUCGACUAGCAACGUCUGAGGAAUUGGGCGUGCACUAUGUUUUUCACUUUGACUGGCAGACAGAUGGAAGUCAUGAGUUGGAUGCACCAACUUUCCCCGCUAAUCUUUCAAAAAUCAAAAGCACCGCAAAUGUAAGGAUUAUCGUAAUCAAUGCAUUAAAUGGCAUCAGUUAUGGAGGACCCCACCCUCGAGCGACACUUCAAGGGCCACAAAGAUGCUGUCACCUGUGCAGACUUCAGUUCCAAACACAAACAGCUGGCCUCAGGGUCUGCAGAUAAGACCCUGAUGAUUUGGAAUCUGAACCCUAAGGCCAGGGCGUUCCGUUUUUUUGGACACAAAGAUGUCAUCACAGGGGUCCAGUUCUCCCCUGCAGGAGAUCUGGUCGUCUCUGCAUCCCAGGACAAGACUGUACGGCUGUGGACGCCCAGCAUUAAAGGAGAGUCGAUGGUGUUCAAAGCCCACACGGCUACAGUACGCAGUGUCAGCUUUUCUCACGACGGCCAGAGGCUAGUGACUGCGUCAGACGACAAGUCUGUCAAGGUGUGGAGUGUCCACAGACAACGUUUUGUCUACUCACUCAACCAGCACACCAACUGGGUCCGCUGCGCCAGGUUUUCUCCUGACGGCCGUCUAAUUGCCUCCUGUGGUGACGACCGCACAGUGCGACUGUGGGACACCUCCACCAAACAGUGCAUCAACUGCUUCACAGAGUAUGGAGGAUCAGCAACAUUUGUAGACUUCAACACCAGUGGCACCUGCAUAGCAUCCUCAGGAGCAGACAACACGUUGAAGAUCUGGGACAUACGGACAAACAAACUGCUCCAGCAUUACCAAGUCCACAGUUCAGGGAUCAAUUGCUUUUCCUUCCACCCGUCUGGAAACUAUAUGAUCAGUGGCUCCAGUGACAGCACAGUGAAGAUCCUGGACCUGCUGGAGGGACGCCUCAUCUACACCCUCCACGGACACAAGGGUCCUGUCCUGGCUGUGGCCUUCUCCAGGGGAGGAGACUUCUUUGCCUCAGGGGGUUGUGAUGCUCAGGUUUUAAUGUGGAAGACCAACUUUGAUUCUUUUGACUACCGUGAGGUCCUGAGCAGACACAGCCAGCGGGUCAGCCCCGACCCCCCUCCUCACCUGACAGACAUCUACCCUCGAGGACCACACCUCCACUCCGCCCAGUCUGGGGCUAUAGAGAUCAGUCCCAUGGUGGCAGACACCCAGACCACUGCCCCGGCUGUCAUAGAGGUGGGCCAGACCCUCUACACAGCCACUACGGCUGUCAACGGCCAUGCAAACAAUUUGCCAGCACGGCGGAUUGCCAGUACCAGCCUCAACCCCAAUGAAGACUGCCACAGUAGUGGACAGGGUUCGACAUCUGGUUCCCAGUCCGGGCAGAUGGGAGGCAGGAGGGAGGAGGAACAGGGGAUGACGUACCCUCUGGAGAUGCGCUCAGACCUCCCCAUGAACUUCAGCAGCACCCUGGAACGCAUCGUCCAGCAGCUUGACGUCCUCACUCAGACUGUCUCUGUGUUGGAAGAACGUCUCACCCUGACGGAGGACAAACUGAAGGAGUGUUUAUUCAACCAGAGUCAGAUCCUGCUGCAGGUGCGAGGGGAGGAGAAGGACCGAAGGAGAGAGAGAGUGGAGGAAGAGUGGGAAGGUGAGAGCGGAUCCCCUGUCGCCUCAGCCUAAGGUCACCCACCUCCCUCUCCACAGACACACACUCCUCCCUUUAACUUGGUCGUGAGGGGGGGGGUAACAGGGAAUGUGGUAUCCUUAACCUCCACCUUGGUGGUCUUUCUCAGGGGUAAUUGUCUUAAUCAAAUCCUCCCUCUAUCUCACCACUCUUUUAAAGAUUAUUCAAUCCUACAGCACAGUGUGUCUGGGACACUUAAACCAAGGCUUUUUGGCUAGGGACUGGGGGGAGUUUUUGUACAUAUACCAGUGUGCAUAUGUUCAUCGGUGUGUGCGCGGGUGCGUGCGUUUGGAAGAUCUUUGCGAGGCCCCUCCGUAAUGAAAGGUUAAUGAAGGGGAGCGGAGGACAAGACAGCUGCAGUUAUGGAAACAGCCGGUCUGUCUGUCUGGACAGUGAAGGGAGCAGAGCGUGCUGGGCCAGGCAGGGGCUCCCUUCACUGUCCAAUUCCUCUGGUCUCCUUCUCCUGGACAGGCCACCAUAAACAUGCCUUCCUUAGACCUCUCUCCCUCUCGUGUGUGUGUGUGCAUGCAUCGCUAUGGGUUAUUGUACUAGCAUUUAUUAGUAGAAUCUAUGCAUUAUUUCAUGUGCUGAUGAAGCGCCUGUGUGUGUGUGUAUGACCAUAUACCCCCACUGUUGUAUAGUGUACGGCAUAUUUUCUCAUGCGUUCCCUUUCAUACUAUGAACUAAAUAAAUUGAACAUAUUGCACUG